AUGGUUGGAAGUGUUGAUGUUUUGGUUGAUGAUUUAAGCAUUAACAGACCAGUUGAUGUAUUGCCUGAGGAUUUUGAUGUAUCCGCCAUUAUCAAAGAUCCUGUGCCUCCUGUAGUUGAAGACAUUAAUGACAAGGUGGAGGCUCAGUUUGCUGCAGGAAAUGAGAAAAGACAAAUAGUUCUGGGAAGAAAUAUUCAUACCUCGUGUCUUGAAGUUACGGAGCCAGAAGAUGAUGAUGACAUUACUGGGGAUCGUGAUGCUCAUAUGGCAAGUGUGUUGGCAAGAUACAGAAAAUCUUUAACUGAAAGGACAAAGUAUCAUUUAGGCUACCCCUAUAAUUUGGAUUUCGAUUACGGUGCACUCUCUCAACUUCAGCACUUUUCCAUAAACAACCUUGGAGAUCCAUUUAUUGAAAGCAAUUAUGGUGUCCACUCCCGGCAGUUUGAAGUUGGUGUUUUGGAUUGGUUUGCCAGAUUGUGGGAACUGGAGAAAAAUGAGUAUUGGGGCUAUAUAACAAACUGUGGCACAGAAGGCAAUCUUCAUGGCAUCCUAGUUGGGAGAGAGGUGUUACCAGAUGGGAUUUUGUAUGCCUCGCGGGAGUCACAUUAUUCAAUUUUUAAAGCUGCUCGUAUGUACCGAAUGGAAUGUGUGAAGAUUGACACUCUUAAUUCAGGCGAGAUUGAUUGUGAUGAUUUCAAGGCCAAACUUCUUUGUCACCAGGACAAGCCAGCAAUUAUAAAUGUGAACAUAGGUACAACUGUGAAAGGAGCUGUGGAUGAUCUUGAUCUGGUUAUACAGAAACUUGAAGAAGCUGGAUUUUCACAUGACAGGUUCUACAUCCACGUUGAUGGGGCAUUGUUUGGUCUCAUGAUGCCUUUUGUGAAACGAGCUCCAAAAGUAACUUUUAAGAAGCCUAUUGGAAGUGUGAGUGUUUCUGGCCACAAAUUUGUGGGGUGCCCCAUGCCUUGUGGGGUGCAGAUAACAAGAUUGGAGCAUAUCAAUGCUCUUUCCAGGAAUGUGGAAUACCUUGCAUCUAGGGAUGCCACAAUCAUGGGUAGUCGAAAUGGCCAUGCUCCCAUAUUCCUUUGGUAUACCUUGAACCGGAAAGGAUACAAAGGCUUCCAGAAAGAAGUACAGAAAUGCUUGCGAAAUGCAUUCUACUUCAAAGACCGCCUUAUCGAUGCUGGGAUUGGUGCAAUGCUUAAUGAGCUUAGCAGCACGGUUGUAUUUGAGCGGCCUCAUGAUGAGGAAUUUAUCCGCAAAUGGCAGUUAGCAUGCAAGGGGAACAUCGCUCAUGUGGUGGUGAUGCCAAAUGUCACUAUUCAGAAACUUGAUGAAUUUCUAAACGAGCUUUUGCAGAAGCGUGUUGCUUGGUUUGAAGAGGGGAAGUAUCAGCCGUAUUGUAUAGCAUCAGAUGUAGGUGAAAACAGUUGCCUAUGUGCUCUGCAUAAGUAA